ACAUAAUCCCAAUAUAUUUAUUUAUAAAAUGGAACAAAGCCUACCAUCACGCCAUUGCUUCUACUAGAUGUCCAACUCCAGCUUUAUAACGAUGGACUAUCCUCCUCCUGCAAACCCUAAUUCUACCAAUUACCAUCACUUCGACCCCAACAUGGAUCCGUUUCUAACCGAGUUUCAGCUAUCGGAUUAUCUCGUGCUUGAUGGCGAUGGUUUUGAUGGGUUUGGAGAGGAUUCAACCACGUCCUCUCAAAGUAUUCUAUCAUCGGAUCAGGUCUUCAGUGGCGGCUCCACCGGAUGUUGUGAUGGCGGUGGUGGUGCAACGUCCAGAAGUUGUAAUAGCGUUAAAUGCAAAAAGAGUUUCAAGAAGGAGAAGGCUCAAGUGGGACAUAGAGUUGCAUUUAGAACCAAAUCGGAGUUAGAAGUUAUGGAUGAUGGGUUUAAAUGGAGAAAAUAUGGGAAGAAGUCAGUCAAGAACAGCCCAAAUCCAAGGAAUUAUUAUAAGUGCUCAAGCGGAGGAUGCAAUGUAAAGAAAAGAGUGGAAAGAGACAGAGAAGACUCAAGAUAUGUGAUAACAACCUAUGAUGGUAUCCACAACCAUGAAAGCCCUUGUAUGGUGUACUAUAACCAAAUGCCUCUCUUGGUCCCUAAUGCUUGGACUUCACAAGCUUCUUCUCCCCAUUCUUCUUCCUCGUCGUAGGAUGGCCCUAAUAUUAUUAUUAUUACUACUUUUUUUUUUUUUUUUUCUGAGCAUUUGGGUUUGUUAUGGGUCGAGAAAUGCAUUAAAACUAGGUUAGGCCAGAAAUCACCAUUAGAUCUUAGCUAAUUAGUUCAUCACGAAUUAGUUAUUAUCAACUUUGCUCAGUUAAUGUACGCAAAAAAUGCGACUUGUGUAAUGGUAUAUUGGAAUAGUAGUACUAUUAUGUCCCCAUUGGCUGGCCCACUUUUGGGGUUCACAAUGGGCUGGGCCUGUAGUGCUUCAGUCAUUACAAUUAAAAGUACAGGGCCCAAUCGCUUCUCACAGAAGAAAAUGUUUAUGUGAAAAUAAAGUUGGAUCAAUGUUUAUAUAUGGACUUGAAGGAUUGAUAAUUUUGCUUUAUGUAUAUGAAUGAACUUUAGAAA